AUGCCGUCGUUUAGCCAGCGCAACAUGUUUGACGUCCUCGACAUCGAGGACGGACCCGACUACGAGGAGGUCGUUGAAGACGGAAUCUGCGCCCGUGUCAAAGUCUGCGAAAAAGCGUGCAGCUCGUGCUGCUCGUCUCGCUGCCGAGGCCGAGGAGAAGACCAACGGCAAGUCGUCUGGAGCAGCGGAGCCAAGCGAAAGUCAGAGGCGCAGCCGUCCAAGGCGGAGACCAAGGUCGAUUCGUCCGACGCGAAGGUCCAGGCUGCUUCGCCUGACACCAAGGCUGCUCCUGCAAAGGCGGAUCAGACCCCGGUCAAGCAUUCGCCCCCGACGUCCUCUUUCAAGCCCGACCUCCCCGCUGAUCUCCCCACCCGGACCGCUGAGGAGCUGCCAGCCAACCGCAAGCGCAAGACGCCGGUCGACUUUAGCCCCUCUGGUCCAGGUAACGCCCUGACGCCGACGAGCCCCAGCAAGAACUCUGUCAAGUUUGAGGACGGUGUUGUUCCCGGUGAGGGCGCCGAGGGCGAGAAGACGAUCACUGUGAAGGCUGCCGAGGUCGCCGCCCCUCCCAAGAAGCAAAACUUUAUUGAGCGCACCGUCUGGACGUUUAUCAUGAUUUUCGGUUUCAUCGGUGCGUUAUGGUUCUGA